CGAUUUCCCCUUCGCGGCUGUCAGUGGCAGAGAUCACGCGUGCGUUGUUUUUGUUCGGUGUUUUUCAGGUGGCAAAAAUGGCUAAAUUACUCGCGUACUACACUCUUUGCCCUGUGAACGAUAGCCGAGAGUUCCUGGGUGUCUCAGCGGAUGCAGAAGAUGGUGCAAUUAUCAACACCCUUGCGAGAAACAUCGUCAUAAUUACAAAGCUGAAGGAUCAGAAACAAAUUCGCAGCUGGACAGUGUUGGAGAAGCUAUCCAACAAGGUGGUGUUCGAUGGAGAGUCAGGAAAGUACGUUGGAGUGUUUGGACACAGGAGUCUCAAGUGUUGGUCGGAUUCCGAGACGAACCUCAAAAAGAUUCGGAAAGUUAAGUUGCAGAAAAACGUGAAGGAUCUCGUGACCUUCGGCGAUAAUCGAGAGACUUUAGUCCUUUUUGAAGAUGGCACAAGCGUCUCCCUCUCGGCAGUGAUUACCAACACAGCCUCCUUAAAGGAUGGUCUUCUUGGUCAGGACUAUGACAUUGAACAUCCAAAGGUUUUGACCACACUCACAGGAGAGUUUAUCCUCGCUUAUUUCGCCAAGAAUCUGGUGACUAAAGAUGUGGAAGCUCAUUUUUACGUCCUGGAAAGCGCUUCUCACACUCCUGUCGGUAAUUCUGUCAGGAUUAAUCUCCGGCGUGGGGAUCAACAUAGCAAAUUGGUGGGCUACACAGUCACAGAAGGCCUUGUUCUCAUCACUAUCUGGUCAGACAAGAGAAUCUUCCGCAGAGCGAUUAGAUUCGACGAGGAGGAAGAUGGACCAGGACAAUUCAUCGCCAUGCUCAGUGCAGUGAGUGUUGAGCAACCUCUGAGUGUGAUCAGUGUUUCUCCAGACUACCUGGCAAUUUAUGGGGCGAACAUCGGCCAGGAGGGCUCAUCGCUGAUCCUCUACAAUGUUCUCUUCAAUGUCGCCCAAGCGAAGCAGUUCUUCAAAGUGUACUUCAACAAUUCUCGCCUCUUCGUUGUGGACUCGAAUAUUCUCAUUGUGGCUGGACAGACUCUUGCUGUUGUGCCAUUCAGGAUAUCCAAGGCUCAAUUAGCUGACAUGGUGGGCAGUCAGAAAAGCCCUCAGAAAUUCAGAGAAGUGGAGAAGGAUUACAUCAACGAAGAGGAUGAACUGGAACAGGAAAUUGAAUUAGAUUCUCGGAAUUUUCUCGGCCAAGAAGAUGAAGAUAUUCAAGAAGUGGCUCUGAUUAGAAAAGAGAGAGAUUUCCAAUUCAACAGACGUGUUUUCCGCGUGACUUCGGAGGAAAAGUUCGCCGAGCACCUGAGUUUACUGAAGAGACGAAGCAUUGCUUUGCAGUUUGUUGAGAAAAGCCACCAAGAUGGAGUGGAGGUGAAGGUUUUCACGCAUCCGCAUGCGACUGUCUUCUCGAGGAAGGAAUUUGAGUUCCUCGCCACUGAAUUGGAAGUUUCUGGGGCUUCAGAGUAUGAGAUAUCCAACAAAUUAAUCUCUCUAACUCUGGCAAGCGAUACAAUAGACGAAGCGACAAAUUGCCUGAGACGCUACAGUUGUGUAUCUGAGGAAAGGCUGGUGAACUGCCUGAUUUAUGCUCUGGAUAAGCAGAAUUGGGACUUCCUCCUAACAGUGCUCAGUGUGGACUUUUCCCAUGAGUUCCUGGUUGAGGAACUGCGAAGUCAAUUGAAUGCUGAUCACGUCAAUUCUUUCCUGAAGCAACUGCUCGCGGUCCUGGAGGAAUCUGAGCUCGAGGAGCGGCCGAUGAUCGGCGAUAGAGUCUGGGAUGGUGAUGAGAGGAUAAUUCAGUGGUUCACCGCCUUAUUGGAUGCUCACUAUCAUCACUUGGUGAUGUGCGGGGAUGAAAAGAUUGAGAAGUGUUUGAAGAAGUGGCGAAAAGCCAUCUCCAGCUUCCACGGGAAUAUCAAUGAACUGACGAAUUUGUCACCCGUUUUGUACAGCAUCAGCCAGAACAAGACCAUCAGUCAGACGCAAGGAACGGCCAAGUGGUACACGAUAGAAGUGGUUCAGCUGUACUAGGGCUUACAAUAAAGUUGUAUUUACUCGGAA